AGAGUUCACAAUCCAAGGGUUAGCAACCUUAGACAAUUGACCCAACUUUCUGCUUCCAGGGAUGGGAAAGGAAAACUGGUCCAGUGUCUCAGCAUUUUUUCUCCUGGGGUUCUCCAAGCAGAAGGAGCAGCAGGAAGUCCUCUUCGGGCUGUUCCUGUCCAUGUACCUGGUUACUGUGGCAAGCAAUCUCCUCAUCAUUCUGGCUAUCAUCUCUGAUGCUCACCUCCACACCCCAAUGUACUUCUUCCUGGCCACCCUCUCCCUUGCUGAUGCGUGCUUUGUGUCUACCACAGUCCCCAAGAUGCUGGCAAACAUAUGGACCCAGAGUCAAGUCAUCUCGUAUGCAGAGUGUCUAUCUCAACUAUAUUUUUUCAUGUUAUUUGUGAUGCUGGAGGUGUUCCUUUUGGCUGUCAUGGCUUAUGACCGCUUUGUGGCCAUAUGCCACCCGCUCCAUUACAUCAUGGUCAUGAGCCCUGGGCUCUGUGUCCUUCUAGUCAUUGCGUCUUGGAUCAUGAAUGCCCUCCACUCCCUGCUACACACACUCCUGAUGAACAGCCUGUCCUUCUGUGCAGACCAUGAGAUCCCACACUUCUUCUGCGACAUCAACCCUCUCCUGAGUUUGUCCUGCACAGACCCCUUUAUCAAUGAGUUGGUGAUCUUCACCCUAGGGGGACUGGCAGGCCUAGGUUAUAUGCUUUGUCUGAUUAUCUCUUAUGCAUAUAUUUUCUCAACCAUCCGGAAGAUCCCCUCAGCUCAGGGAAAGCAGAAAGCCUUUUCUACCUGCAGUUCUCAUCUCUCUGUAGUCUGUCUUUUCUUUGGGUCUUCCUGUUGUGUUUAUUUCAGUCCUCCCUCCACCCGCUCAGCACAGAAGGCCACAGCUGCAUCAGUGAUGUACACCGUGGUUACCCCAAUGCUGAAUCCCUUUAUCUAUAGUUUAAGGAACCAAGACAUCAAGUCUUCCCUGAGAAAGCUCAUUUGGGUUAGGAAAAUACAUUCCUUUUAAAAUUCCCUGGGUGGCAAAAACGGUUAAUCACUUGACUACGAACUGAAAGGUUGGCAGUUUGAACCCACCCAGAGGCACCUCAGAAGACAGGGCUGGUGAUCUGCUUCCAAAAAGUCACAGCCAUAAAAAACCCUGUGGAGCACAGUUCUGUUAUGCAAUACAUGGGGUCUCCAUGUCUGAAUCAACCUCAUGGUAACUGGUUUGCUAGGAUUUAGUGGUAGAGAUUUGACAUCCAACAUGGGCCUCUCCACCCAUUUGCAUUCACCACACUAAGCAGAAAUAGGAGAGGGAGAGAAAUAGAAGACUUCACUUCCAGUAUUUGUGAUCUCAACUUGAAAUCUUCAGGCCUAAGCUAUAGGACUCAAUCAGAGCAAACCCAUCAUCAGGUAAUGUAAUUAGCUUAAAUUCUUACAAUUAUAAUGUUCUAAAAUCAUAGUCAUCCAGACUUAUAAUAUGAUAAAGAAUGUGCUUGAAUACUUUUGAACAACAUAAGACAGUUCAUGACCAAAAUAAGGGAGUGUAUGGCUGGGGUGUUG